GGGAGCGAACGAAAUUCAAUCCCGGGCGGAGAUACCUGGAACCCAAGCUGAGGGUCAUGGAGGCGUCCAGAGGGUUUGCGGAAGCCGAGGUCUUAAGCCCAGAGCAGGCUGCCCAUUAUCGGAGAUAUGUGAAAGAGGCCAAAGAAGCAACUAAGAAUGGAGAUCUGAAAGAAGCACUUAAACUUUUCAAUUUGGCAAAGGACAUUUUUCCCAAUGAAAAGGUGAUGAGCAGAAUCCAGAAAAUACAAGAAGCCUUGGAGGAGUUGGCAGACCAGGGCGAUGAUGAAUUCACAGAUGUGUGCCAGUCUGGCCUGCUGCUUUAUCGAGAACUGCACAACCAGCUGUUUGAGCACCAGAAGGAAGGCGUAGCUUUCCUCUACAGCCUGUACAGGGAUGGAAGGAAAGGUGGUAUCUUGGCAGAUGACAUGGGGUUGGGGAAGACUGUUCAGAUCAUCGCUUUCCUUUCUGGUAUGUUUGAUGCUUCACUUGUGAGCCAUGUGCUGCUCAUCAUGCCAACCAGUCUCAUUAACACAUGGCUGAAAGAAUUUGUCAAGUGGACUCCGGGAAUGAGAGUGAAAACCUUUCAUGGUCCCAGCAAGCAUGAACGUGCCAGAAACCUCAGUCGGAUUCAGCAGAGGAAUGGCGUCAUUAUCACUACGUACCAGAUGUUAAUCAACAAUUGGCAGCAACUUUCAAGCUUGAAUGGCCAAGAGUUUGUGUGGGACUAUGUCAUCCUUGAUGAAGCACAUAAAAUAAAAACCUCAUCCACUAAGUCAGCGAUAUGUGCUCGUGCUAUUCCUGCCAGUAAUCGCAUCCUCCUCACAGGGACCCCAGUCCAGAAUAAUUUACAAGAACUGUGGUCUCUGUUUGAUUUUGCUUGUCAGGGGUCCCUGCUAGGAACAUUAAAAACUUUUAAAAUGGAGUAUGAAAAUCCUAUUACUCGAGCGAGAGAGAAGGAUGCUACCCCAGGGGAAAAAGCCUUGGGAUUUAAAAUUUCUGAAAACUUGAUGGCAAUCAUAAAACCCUACUUUCUCAGGAGGACUAAAGAAGAGGUGCAGAAGAAAAGGUCAAGCAACCCAGAAGUCGAACUCAGUGAAAAGAAUCCAGAUGUUGAUGCCACUUAUGAAAUGCCUUCCCUUUCCAGGAAAAAUGAUUUGAUUAUUUGGAUACGUCUUGUACCGUUACAAGAAGAAAUAUACAGGAAAUUCGUGUCUCUAGAUCAUAUCAAGGAGUUGUUAAUGGAGACACGCUCACCUUUGGCUGAGCUAAGUGUCUUAAAGAAGUUGUGUGAUCAUCCUAGGCUGCUGUCUGCUCGCGCUUGUAACUUGCUGAAUCUAGGGGCUGUUAGAUUCUCUGCUCAACGUGAAAAUGAAGAAGAGUCCUCAGAUAUGGACUAUAUUAAUGAAAUAACUGAUGAUACACUGAUGAAUGAAUCCGGAAAAAUGACAUUUCUAAUGGACCUGCUUAAGAGACUGCGAGAUGAAGGCCAUCAAACUCUGGUGUUUUCCCAAUCAACACAAAUUCUAAACAUCAUUGAACGCCUCUUAAAGAAUCGGCACUUUAAGAUACUGCGAAUCGAUGGAACAAUUACUCAUCUUGUGGAACGAGAAAAAAGAAUUAACUUAUUCCAGCAAAAUAAAGAUUACUCUGUUUUUCUGCUUACCACUCAAGUAGGUGGUGUUGGCUUAACAUUAACUGCAGCAACAAGAGUGGUCAUUUUUGACCCUAGCUGGAAUCCUGCAACUGAUGCUCAAGCUGUGGAUAGAGCUCACCGAAUUGGACAAAGAGAAAAUGUUGUGGUUUAUAGGCUAAUCACUUGUGGGACUGUAGAGGAGAAAAUAUACAGAAGACAGGUUUUCAAGGACUCGUUAAUAAGACAAACUACUGGGGAUAAGAAGAACCCUUUCCGGUACUUUAGUAAGCAAGAAUUGAGAGAGCUCUUCACCAUCGAGGAUUUUCAGAACUCUGUAACCCAGCUCCAGCUUCAGUCUCUGCAUGCUGCUCAGAGGAGAUCUGAUGAGAAACUGGAUGAACAUAUUGCCUACCUGCAUUCCUUGGGGAUAGCUGGAAUCUCAGACCAUGAUCUGAUGUACACACAUGAUCUGUCUGUUAAAGAAGAGCUUGAUGUGAUAGAAGAAUCUCACUAUAUUCAAGAAAGGGUUCAGAAAGCUCAAUUCCUCGUUGAACGAGAGUCUCAAAAUACAGAGCUCUUAAUGGCGAGACACGAGGGGGUCUGGCUGAGAGAACCUGUAUUUCCUUCUCAAACAAAGAAGAAACGCCCUGAAUUGAAUAAACCCCAGCCUCAGCCUUCUCCUCUUCUAACUGUUCAUCAGACCCAGGAGGAAGAAAUCAGUUCCCAAAUGGCAAGUGUAAUCAUUGAUGAUCUGCCCGAGGACAGUGAGGAACAGGAUCUUUCCAGUGUGAAGAUGAACGUUACCAUCCUGCAAGAUGGUAGGCACUCACACGAAAGUACACUUGAUGUUGACUUUGUAGCUGCUUUACCCAGGGUCUGUGGAAGUGUAGAAGAAAUUUGGACUGACUCUUUGUCGGGAGUGGCUCUACACAAAGAGGCAUCGCGAGAGGGACCGACACAGGAGGUGCUGCAAGAGGACGCUGUGGGGAAUUCGAGUUAUUUACUUAGCAAAUCUGUCAUAGCUGAUCUUGGGCCAAAUCUAGAUGAAGUAAAGGAUGAUGUGAUUUUACAUCAUGGUAAUCCCUGGCCCACUAAUCCCAUAACAAAUGAAAAUCAAAACACGGAAUUGAAUGCAUCUGUUAUUCAAGUAGCUGAUGACGACUUGUCAGUAUCCCACAACGCACUGCUGGAUGCUCAAGCCUGUGAGGCCAUGUUGGAAGAGGAACCUCCAGCGUCUUCAGCACAGUAUGCAUGUGAUUUCAAUCUUUUUUUGGAAGACUCUGCAGACAAUAGACAAAAUCUUUCCAGUCCGUCUGUAGAGCUUGUUGAGAAGGAAAGUAGCUUGUGUGGCUCUGCAGCUAGUUCCAGAGCAGAGUUUGAGCACAGCAAAGCAUGUGUCAGUAUGGGUCUUUCUGAGAAAGAUGACGAGCUGGAAGAAAUCGUUAAUGUGAGAGUCAGAAGGAAAACCAGAAGGAUCAUUUCAGACAGUGAAGAUGAAGGCAGUACUUUUCAAGAGAGUUCAAGCACAGAUCCAUUCAACAUAUCUCCCUUUCAGGUCCUACCUGUAAAACAAUUUGAUGCUUCAACUCCCAAACAUGAUGUCAGUCCACCUGGAAGGUUCUUUUCCCCUCAAAUACUUGAUAAUGUAAACAAGUCCGUAAACUCUAGGAGAUCCCUGGCUUCUAGGAGGUCUCUCAUUAAUGUGGUUUUAGACCAUGUAGAAGACAUGGAGGAAGGACUUGAGAACAGCAGUGAAGCCGAAGACUAUCAGGAGGACGGAGCGGAGGGAAGCAGUGAGGAAGCCCCAGCAUGUACAGAAGAGGAAGCCUUGUCUUCAGAAAGUAAGUCCAGCUGCUUGGCUGCACCCAAGCCUGGCACUCCAGCUCAGGAGACCUCCCCUGGUGACCCCGAGCCUGUGUCUGGUGGACACUUGGCUGACUGUCAAGAUAAGGCAACGGAGGCUGCGGACGACUACGAGACUCUCGUGACGCGUGGAAAAGCCCUGAAAGAGUGUGGGAAAAUCCAGGAGGCCUUAGCCUGCUUUGUUAAAGCACUCGACAUAAAAAGUGCAGACCCUGAAGUCAUGCUCAUGACUUUAAGUUUGUAUAAGCAACUUAAUACAACCUGAGAAUAUCCAAUUUAUUGUAUUUUAAAGUCAAACAGUAUGAGGUAAUGUGUUCUCAUAACUGCAUUCUUGGGGAGCAUGAAGCAUUCAGGCUUAUGGCGAGAGAGAUCUCAAAAGGCAAGUUUUUGUUUCUACCUUUUGUAAAUUCUGCUUUAACCCCUGUUCCUGCCUCCACCCCCAAAAAAAUGUACAUGUUGGUGUUGUGAGCAAUACGUUAAUAUUACUUCAGUUGAAUAUUCUUAUAUUUUUUUUAGGCAUACCCUAUAAACUUAAUAGAACUGUGUCAUUUGUAGAGAA